AUGAUCCUGGAAAAACCAAGGGAAAGAUUUAUUUCACACCUGGUCGUACUCAUAACCGCAACAGGUCUCCAAGGUGAACAGCCUCUAGUUGAUAGAACAAUGUUUGAUAGGAUGCGAGAGGCAUCUUCUAAGAAAUUGGAAGAUGGAGCUUUCAUCUCGUUGGAUUUGAAGUGCUCUGAAUGUGAAAGUGAAGAAAUUCAAACAAGCGCGGGUAAACGGCGGGACGAAACCACAGCCAAGGGAACGGGCUUGGCAAAAUCAGCGGGGAAAGAAGACCCUGUUGAGCUUGACUCUAGUUUGACAUUCGUGAAGGGGCUUAAAGGGUGUAGAAUAGGUGGGAGUAUUUCGAUACGACAGUGA